AUGGCUAGAGGGUUAGAUCGUUUGAAGUUGGAUCCGAAUAAAGAUGCGUUAGUAAGCAAGUCCAAAGACAAACUGUCACACAUGCUUGGUGGUGGAGAGGGUGACAAGCAGGAGAUGGAGAAAAGACGAACAAUAGACCUCGGAUGCCCCACAAGGUACAAAUAG